AUGUUUCGAUUUGUGACUCGUAGAAGCAUUCACAGUGUUCCCAAGCUCAAAGACGCUACUUUAGCGGAACAUGGCGUUCACAACGUGCUAAGUGCCUCUGGGUUCAAGAUCGCAUGGAGCGAUCACCAAAAAAGUCUGUGCGAUAAACUGACACUUGCUACCGCCGGGACAUCGCUAGAGGCAUAUUUGCCAUUCCAUUUGAUUCUAAAUACGGCCAAAAAACCUUUCCAAACCCACAUCUUUAAUCUGGCUUCUGCGGCCCACAAUAACCAUUUAUUUGUUGAGAACAUAUUACCGGCACCCACCAGCACAACUCCAUCUCGGCUUCUCAGGAAUCGUCUUGAGGAGCAGCACAAGUGCACCUGGGAGGAGUUCAAGGACGAAAUGGUCCGGCGUGCGGAAACUGAUGUUUUGGGCCAGGGAUGGCUUUUCCUGGUUGAAAACAGUGAAAAAGAGCUUCACAUCCUCACAGUCCAGAAUAACGGAACACCAUAUUACUUCCCUCGCAACCAGUCUUUUGACCUCAACUCCGCUUUGAAGCUGGAAGAAUACUCGCAGCUUGAGGCCAUACGCACGUUGGUCAAACAAGACGGCAAAAUUCAGGACUGGACAAUGCCGUUGAUCGCAGUGAGCCUGUGGGACCACGCUUACUUGCACGAUUAUGGCGUUAAGGGCAGAUCCAAAUACGUAAGAAACGUGCUGGACAAUCUGAACUGGUCGGUCGUGAACAACAGACUUUACUCUGGACUCUCAUAA